GCCGUGUCUGGGUGUGUGAGUCCCUCCUCCUCGUUCCUUUGGCUGCUGCCUUCUUCUACGUAGUGUCACCCAUCGAUCGCUCUUGGCAUCGAUUUUCGUUGCCAUUCGUGGAGAUCGCAGCGCGCUCUCGGGUGCAUUGUGAAGAAGGCGAGCCGGGGAUUCGGUGGAUGUGUUUUUUCCCUGGUUCUCUCGUCGUGUGCAAGAGACUGUUGUAAGUUUGAGAAGUGGCAGGGAGUCCAUGACUUGCGUAGACGAAUUCCGUGGAGGUUGGAGAGUUGGUUCUGAUCGGGAAGUUCGAAUUUGGAUCUGUCUUUGAGGAAUUGACGCAAGCGUUCGCACUUCGUGUCGGUGGAGGAGAGGAGACAGGGCUCGCUCUGUGGUGCCGGUCCCUCUGUAAGCUUGGGGUGGAAUUUGACUUCGGUCUUAUGGCUCAGAGGUUUUGAGAGAGACAAGUGUGCACGUGUUAUUGGGACCUUGUGAUUGAAAUUCUCCUGUUUUUUUCAGCUGCUGGAUCGCGUUGGACGCUUUGUAGUUUCAGCUGCUGCCAAUUGAUUCAGCUCGGUGUCGAGCAGAAUUGGUACGGACAGAGUACCGAGUAAGAACCAACAGAUUUACUUGACCUAACUAGAUCGAGAGCAGGGUAAGGACCAAGAGAAGGGAUAGAGCGCGGAAGAUUGCAAAGAUUGUGGACUGAUGAAAGUAGGUUGUCCAAAAUAUGGAAGAUGAGGAAACUGCCGACGUUGAUCUGAAGUCUUCAAAAGGAUUGUUUGAUUGGCAACACAUGUGCCGGUGGGAACAUGAAGACAGGGGAUUUUUUCACAGCGAAUUAUCUCUCUAGCGCAUCCGUUGUCAACCCUACGGCGAAUACGGAAGGAGAGAGUUCGUAGAACAAAUUUCUUUGAAUCUAUGGCAGUGCCCACGAAUAUGAGGACUGGUGCUGUGUUGGGAGGAAGGAGAAGAUGGACGAAAUGGAUACAGUGGAUUAUCAUAGUUGUUGUUCUCGGAGAGAUGGUCUUUCUUUUUCAUCUGGACCAAUUGAACGGAGAGUACUUCAAUUUCAAGAGCUUUGCAGCUCUGAACUUUUCAUUGGACAAUGAUGUGGAACAUAGGGCCGAAGUUAUCCACAAGGAUGAUUCUGUCAACCGAUCCAACAACGAAAGCUGCGAGGAGUGGCUGGAGAAAAAUGACUUCCUUGGUUACGGGCGCAAUUUUUCCAAGUCGCCGAUCCACGUGGCGUUCGGUGAAAACCAAGUUUGGGACAGUUGUGCUGUCGGAUGUAAGUUCAGAAGCACCGUGAGUGAAAGCUUCAGGCCGGACGGUGUACUGAGGGCUGCCUCUGGACUACCUAGUUGGAUGGAGAAGGAGUCCUGUCAUAUUCUGCGUUCAAUGGAAUCAUCAUCUUACUACCCGGAAAAUGACCUAACAAGCGCUCGCAAAAGGGGCUAUGAUGUAGUGAUGACAACAAGCCUUGAAUCGGAAGUACCCGUUGGUUAUUUUUCCUGGGCCGAGUAUGACCUUAUGUCACCAGUCUCAAGGAAAACUGAAGGCGCCUACGCAGCUGCAUUUAUAUCAAACUGUGGAGCCCACAACUUUCGACUGGAAGCCCUGGAGGGUUUGAAGGCACAGGGAGUUAGGAUUGAUUCUUAUGGGCAAUGCUUACGUACUCGUGAAGGGCGAGGUGUGAACAAACUGCAGACCUUGAGAAGAUACAAGUUCAGUCUAGCUUUCGAAAACUCAAAUGAGGAUGAUUAUGUGACAGAAAAGUUCUGGCAAUCCCUUGUAGCAGGUUCGGUACCAGUGGUUGUUGGAGCUCCAAACAUUGACAAUUUUUCCCCUGCUCCGAAUGCGUUGUUACAUAUCAAGUCCUUGAAUGACAUACCAGCUGUUGCACGUCAGAUAAAAUAUUUGGCAUCAAAUUUUACUGCAUACAAUGAGACCUUGCGGUGGAAGUACUAUGGACCAACAGACGGGUUUAAAGCCCUAGUAGAUAUGGCAGCUGUACAUUCGUCGUGUCGACUUUGUAUACAUAUCGCUACUAAGAUACGAUCGCGUGAAGAGAAACAACUGGCUGCUACCUUAAAGAAACCGAGACCAUGCAAGUGUACCGACAAGUUUGGAGUUAUCACGUAUCAUUUGUUUGUUCGUGAAAGAGGGCGUUUUCAACUGCAUUCGGUUUUUUUAAAGUCUACAAAUUUGACAACUUCGGGGUUAAAAAAUGCGGUUUUUACAAAAUUUAAAUCUUUGAACCAUGUACCGAUAUGGUGGGAUGAGCGCCCGGCUGUUAUAAGGGGCGAUGGAACCCUGAAAAUACACACAUUAUAUCCUGUCGGUCUGAACCAGCGAAAGGCAUUGUACACUCCUCACUUUCAUACUGAUGUUGAGGUGAGCAAUUACGUGGAGGCUAAUCCUUGUCCAUAUUUGGAAGUGAUAUUCGUCUGAGCCGCGAAAGAGGGAAUACCUGCUGGUUUAAGGACCAUUUGGGAUCGGCUCGCUCCAUCACCGUAAGAUCAUGGUUUCUCCCUCAUCCCUCAAAAACCUGCCACAUGAGGGCUAGUUGUGUAGAUUCAGCUGUGCAGGGUUGAUUUUACCAAGAGCGGUUGGACAUCGACUCGUUGAGUUCAAUGGACAGAUGAUCACAAGGGCCUCUAAUUAAAUCAGUCGACGAUUUUGUAAUAGUACGUCAAAUCCGAUGACGUGGAAGCUGAGGAUGUAGUGAUUUGAGGGCCUUGAAACUUUGUUCGUGCCCCUACUGGGGAGCACAAGAAAGGAAGAAGAUAUCCUGAAAGCAUUUGACCUGCAUUUUGAUGGAGCUUUAGUGGACUUGAGGCAACACAGCACAAUCUACGCUGGCUGCUUGGGUUCUUGGUUAUCUCCCUUCAAGAUAGAAUGAACAUGAUUAUUGGCGGGCAUGAACUACCACUGCACCGUGAGUAGGCAUUUUUCUUCAGUGUGUUGCUAGAUACUGGAGGUCAGUUUCGCCCAGAGCACCUUAAUCAUGUAGAUCAAGAAACACAGGACCUUUAUGUACUUGACCUUUGUUCUUGUUUUACCUGCCUUAGGCGCAGUUACUGGCCAUCAGACUCUUCUGUGCACUGCAACUUUAUCAAGGCUGGAAGUGCAGAAGAUAUGAAGGUGGAUUCCAGAUGUGCCAGGUGACAUGCCGGGUGGCUGCAGGAAAUCUGAAAUAGAAGAGGGUGAGAGGUCCCGCCGCUGUUGGUGACAAACAACCGUCUCAACCAUGUAUAUCAAUUUUGUAUGUUUACGGCUCAUAAGCGAACCCGACGAAGAUGCUGACCUGUGUAUGGUCAAACAAGCUUGUAAACUUAUCUGUAUUCAAUGUGUCAUAUGUAAUGUGAAAUAGGAGUGUACAUUUUGAAGACUUGACCUCAUAAGUGCAAUUUGUCUGCGAACUCCUCUUGCACUAUCAGUACUGUAGUCAGGCUUAUAAAUGGGAUCGGAACAUGGCUUUUGCUCUUGGAAGCGUCGUACGUGGCAAAUUUUAGGAAAGCUAC